AUCUUCACCUUGCUGCUGAGCUUGGGAAGACGCUACUGGACCGUAACACUGAACUAGAAGAAUCUUUACAGCAAAUGUAUGCAACAAAUCAAGAGCAACUGCAGGAGAUAGAGUACCUCACAAGGCAAGCGGAGCUCUUGAAUCAGAUGAAUGAUCAGCAUGCAAAAGUCUAUGAACAGCUGGAUGUGACAGCAAGGGAACUAGAAGACACUAAUAAAAGACUAGCUGAGGAGAGCAAAGCUUCCCAACAAAAGAUCUUAAGCUUGACACAGACAAUUGAACAUCUGCAAACACACAUAGAUGACCUGCAACAACAAGUAGAAGACCUGAAGAAGGCUGGACGAGGCCGGAUGAGCUGUGAGCGAUCUGACCAGCCAAGAUCAAUGCACAGUUUCUCAUGUUUGAAGGAGCUGUAUGACCUUCGCCAGUAUUUUGUUUACGAUCACGUGUUUGCGGAAAAGAUUGCUUCGAUGGAUAGUCAGCUGAGUCCUCUGGAAGAAGAAAACGAGAACUUAAAAAAGGCAGUUACAGUUCUGCAAGCCCAACUUAAGCUAGAAAAAGAGAAGAGGGUAACAAUGGAGGAGGAGUACAGUCUCAUGGUGAAAGAAAACUAUGACCUUGAGCAGAGACUUGUCGAUAUGGACUUGUAUCGGGCUCGUGCAGAGGAGUUGGAAUUGGAAGUAACUGAACUGCAACAAAUACUUCAGUCUGAACACGCGUUCCGUCAUGCAGAGAAACUAGUGCCAGAAUCCUUUUUCAUUUCAUUCAAGGAAUCUUUAGAGGGGGAGCUUGGUCAGAGCCUGGCAGAUGAUGGACUUCUGACUGCCCUGGAGCUUGACAAGAAGGCACUGAAACGGAGCAUCAGCGAAACCUUCCUGAGCAGUGCUGCAGGGGGAGACUUUUUAAGGGGCCAUGAAGAAACCUGUAUUAGGAGAGCUGAAGCUGUGAAGCAGCGAGGAAUCUCGGUACUUAACGAAGUUGAUGCUCAGUAUAACGCUCUGAAAGUUAAGUAUGAGGAACUUCUGAAGAAGUGUCAAAUGGAUGAAGAUUCUUUGAAACACAAGGCUGUACAGACACAGAAGCAGUGUUCCAAGGACCUAAAUGUGGGGAAUGCACAGUAUGACCUUCCAGCUAGCAGUCAGGAAUUCACAAAUGUGGAGCUGAGUGACUCUCCCACAAAUGCUCUUCCUGAAUAUAAAGCACUCUUCAAGGAAAUUUUUAGCUGUAUCAGAAAAACAAAGGAAGAAAUAGAUGAACACCGAGCGAAGUACAAGUCCCUCUCCUCUCAGCCCUAA